AUGGAAACCCUUCUCCGUCAAUCCCGUUCCGUCUGUCCGUUUCUCAAAAAGACCUCGCCAUCCGCUCUCCGCGCCUUGAGCACCUCAACCUCCCUCGUCCCCCGCACUCCAGGCAUCGCAGGCGGCAAAAUGUCGAACCUCCAAAUCCUCGCCCGAAGAUGUCCAAUCAUGGGGAAAGCCCUGGCCGUUCAAUCCGCCCGUAACAAUCUGUCUUCCGUCAGCUCUCGUAUCGGCGGUAUUGGCGCUGGAAUCUUCAAUUGCACCCAGAGGAGGGGUUAUAUCGUCCCUACGAAGGCUGCGAACCUUCAAUCCACCAGGAAGACCGAGGCUAUGGCCAGCAGCUUGGAGGAUGUUCAUAUCAAAGCUGGGGUUUUUGAUACUUCCAAGGGGAUUUGUCCACAUGGCACUGCUGCUAUGAAGGCUGCUAAACAUGCUGCCGAUUUGACCGCUGCUGCGGAUCAUAAGCUUACUGUCUUCCAGAAUCAUACUGUUGCCAAGAAGGCUAAUUUUGAUUAUGAGGGUUUCUAUUAUAACGAACUCGACAAGAAGCAUAAGGACAAGUCUUAUAGAUACUUCAACAAUAUCAAUCGUCUCGCCCAGGACUUUCCAAAGGCUCAUAUGGCGACAAAGGAGGAUAAAGUCACCGUCUGGUGCAGCAAUGAUUAUCUCGGUAUGGGUCGAAACAAGCAUGUCCUCCAAACUAUGCACAAUACCCUCGAUACCUACGGCGCCGGCGCCGGCGGCACUCGUAACAUCUCCGGCCACAACAAACACGCCGUCGGCCUCGAACAAACCCUCGCAAAACUUCACUCCAAGCAAGCCGCUCUGGUAUUCUCAUCCUGCUAUGUCGCCAACGACGCCACCCUCGCAACAUUGGGUUCAAAACUCCCAAAUUGCGUCAUUCUAUCAGAUUCCAUGAACCACGCUUCCAUGAUCCAGGGAAUCAGACACUCUGGUGCUAAAAAGAUGGUAUUCAAGCAUAACGAUCUUGCCGAUUUAGAAGCAAAACUUGCAUCUUUACCAUCCGAAGUUCCCAAGAUCAUUGCUUUCGAAUCAGUAUACAGCAUGUGUGGCUCCGUCGGACCCAUCGAGGAAAUCUGUGAUUUGGCGGAUAAAUACGGCGCAAUCACAUUCUUGGAUGAAGUCCACGCUGUUGGAAUGUACGGUCCGACUGGCGCCGGUGUAGCCGAACAUCUUGACUUCGAAGCUCAUGCCUCCGGCAGGCCAAGGGGUACAGUUAUGGAUCGUAUCGAUAUCAUCACCGGUACAUUAGGAAAAGCAUACGGUUGCGUUGGAGGAUACAUUGCCGGUUCCUCACUAUUGGUCGAUGCUAUCCGAUCUCUAGCACCCGGAUUCAUUUUCACCACAUCCCUCCCACCUGCUGUCAUGGCCGGUGCGCAGACUGCGAUUGAAUACCAAAUGAAGUAUGCAGGUGACAGACGGUUACAGCAACUUCACACCCGACAGGUUAAGACUGAGUUGGAAGGAAGGGAUAUUCCAGUCAUUCCAAACCCAAGUCACAUCGUGCCCCUUCUCGUCGGAAACGCCGAGAUGGCAAAGAAGGCUUCCGAUAGACUUUUGGAUGUUCACGGUAUUUAUGUACAAGCUAUAAACUACCCAACCGUCCCCGUCGGUCAGGAGAGGUUGAGAAUCACACCAACCCCCGGCCACGGCGCCGAGCUUCAAAACCACCUUAUCGAAGCCCUGGAAGAAGUCUGGACUACUCUCGAAAUCCCAAGAACUUCCGACUGGGCUGCUAAGGGAGGCCAUGUGGGUGUUGGUGUUAAGGAAGCUGAGGUCGUUGAGAACAUCUGGACCGAGGAACAAAUUGGAGGUGGACGGGAUGUCGUCGAGAUUAAUCGACGAGAAAGGGAGGUUGUCGAUUUGAUUAUGGAUCAUGCAGAGGCUGCUGCUACUACUGCUGUUGGUUCUGAUGGGAAGGUUGAUAGGGAGGUAUUGAUGGCUGGUGUUGAUGUUACUGCUACCGCUAAGGCCGUUGAGGUUGGUGCUUGA